GUAGCAACUGAGCCAUGAAGUUCCUGAUCAUCGCCUGUGUGGCCGCCGUGGCCGUCGCCGCCCCUCAGUACAACUACGAUGGGCCAAGAGCUGCCUCGAGCGAAGAGGUGGCCAUCCUGAGGGACAACCGCGUCCACGAAGACGACGGAAGGUACAACUACGACGUGGAAACUGCCAACGGCAUUGUCCUGUCUCAGUCUGGCUCCCCCGACGGCGAUGAGGGCGCCGUCGUCAAGGCUGGAGAAUACUCAUACACUGCCCCUGACGGUACCGACGUCCACGUCAGCUUCGUCGCUGACGAGAACGGCUACCAGCCUCAGUCCGACCUCCUGCCAGUGGCCCCCGAGUUCCCCCACCCGAUCCCUCAGUUCGUCCUCGACCAGAUCGCCUUCGCCGCCGAGGAGGACGCCCGCAGAGCUCGCGAAGGUCCACGUGAUGCUCCUCGCUCUCUGUACUCUGCGCCAAACUAAUGAACGACCUUUUUCUUCACAUAGGUUUCUAACAGUGAAGCUACGAUAACACUACCGACGUCAGACCCUCAGGUGAUUGAUGAUGAGGAACUUCUCAUAUAUUUAUUUUGUAUAGAUGUACAAUUAAACAUAAAGGAAAUA